CGGUACCCUCCAAAACCCAUUUCAUGAACCCCAAUCCCUAAUCCAGCCACAAAAUAAUGCCAUGCAGGUUCUCAAUGCCGCCAGUCUCGCCCCAAUUCCUCUCCCCCAAAAUCCCGAUUGCAAAAGAGCUCUUUUGCCCAUCAGAACGUUGAAGCCCUCAGCUUCACUUAUUCGGCGAAUCAACCAGGGUUUAGCUUCUCUAUCUUCAUCUCUCUGCGUCGCGGGCUUAGCGAAAGCUCUAACAUAUGAUGAGGCUCUAGGGUUCUCGAGUUCAUCGAGUGACUUAGACCUCGGCAGGAUCGUUGAUGGGAUUGUUAAGUUCGGAUCCGAGAACCCUUUGAUCGUCGCGGGAGGGGUUGCGGUCUUGGUUGUUCCAGUCAUUGUGUCACAGACAUUGGGCCGCUCCAAGGCUUGGGGGGUGGAGUCGGCGAAGAGGGCGUAUGCGAGGAUUGGGGAGGAUGAGGGUGCGCAGUUGCUUGAUAUAAGGGAAGGGAAGGAGUUAAAGGAGGCGGGGAGUCCAGAUUUGCGUGGAUUGAAGAAGAAGUCGGUGACGAUAACGUAUCGAGGGGAAGAUAAAGCUGGUUUUUUGAAUAAGCUUGCUUUGAAGUUUAAGGACCCGGGGAAUACCACAUUGUUUAUUAUUGAUAAGUUUGAUGGGAACUCUGAAUUGGUCGCCGAAUUGCUGACCGCAAAUGGUUUUAAAGCUGCUUUUGCAAUAAAGGAUGGCGCUGAAGGAACUCGAGGAUGGAAGAAUAGUGGCCUUCCUUGGACAUCUCCUAAAAAGACAUUAUUGCUUGAUUUUGGUGAAUUAGCAGAAGCACUUACUGGUACAAUUGGGGGGACUUCAGAUGGUGUACCUGUUGCUCUUGGUCUAGCAGCUGCUACUGGCUUGGGCUUGUUUGCCUUCACGGAGGUAGAAACAUUACUUCAGCUUCUGGGCUCUGCUGCUAUCAUACAGCUCAUCACCAAGAAGCUCUUGUUUGCAGAAGACCGCAAGGCAACAUUACAGCAAGUUGAUGAGUUCUUGAACACAAAAGUGGCUCCCAAGGAGCUUGUUGAUGAGAUAAAGAUGAUUGGUAAGGCUCUUCUACCAACACAAAGUAGAUCACAAGCCAGUCUACCAGCUCCAGCAGAGGUAACUCAAGUGGAAUCUUCUGUUGCUAAUCCAGAACAGAAGGUUGAAACAGAACCAGCUCGAGAAGUCAAUUCAGUUCCCAAAGCUGAACUUAGUGAAACUGGCAGGCCAACAUAUCUUUCACCUUAUCCAUCUUAUCCAGACUACAAACCCCCAUCUUCACCUUCUCCUUCCAAGCCCUAGAUGCUUAGUUCAUUCAAAUCAAUACUCUGAGGUUUCCUGGUGCACUUUUCUUUCAUAGUUAGAAGACAUCAAGCUCUUUUUUUUGUUAAUGGAUAUUUAGUUUUCAAGCUGCAAUUAUUCAGUGUCAAAUGAUUUUUCUGGAAAUGCAGUGUUAAAGCCAUCUUUGUUGUUUGAAUCUGGGUUACAGCACAACUGGACAUGAGUGUUUGUUUUCAAUUAUGUAUGGCACAUUUUCCCCACUUUCUUUCUUGUAUUUGCUCUCAAAUCCAUCUGAAUUGUAUUUUUUUUCCCACCAAUAAGCUAUAAAAUACAUUCAUAUCCUGCAGAGAUGCAGAUUCUCACUGCUA